GUAAAUUCUCAUUUUGAGAUCACAGCAAUUGUAAUCAGCACAAGCUAGAAACUACAAAAUAGAAAUUCUCUCAUUCAGUUUUCAUUUCAAUGUCAAUCGGAAUGGAUUCAAAGACAAUAAUCGGCUUAGCGCUUCUCGCAAUCACUAUCGUCAGCUGUCAACAUGUUGACGUGAGUCAUUUGAUAAAUUCCACGCAACAUUUGCAAGACAUCGAGAGGGGUGAGGAUUGGAGAUAUCAAAAUAUAUAUCCACAACUCAAUAUGUCUAUGCAUGACCAUGGGGAUCAGCAAAAAAAUCAAAGCACUUGGAUUCCGAUGACGACGACAAGACCAUUGAAUGUUUCAAAGCCAUCAUUGGAUAAAUUUAUUAACAAGACAUUGAGCUCGAUGCCGAGUGGAGUUUGUGUUAAGGAAGUGCCGACCGCAUCACUGACAAACAACAUUCAUGCUCAUGGUAAUGGAUCUGACCCGAGUUUAUCGCGAAUUCAAACUUGCUGUGACGGCUAUCAGCGAAAUAAGCAUAUUUUUAGAAAAUGUUUGCCGAUUUGUAGCAAGGAAUGCGUGAAUGGAAUAUGUACGGCACCUGAAACAUGCACUUGCUAUCCUGAUUAUGUAAGGACUGAGGCUGGAGAAUGUAAAGUUACAUGCCCUAUUGGUUGUGAAAAUGGAGUCUGCAACCCCGAUGGAACCUGUGACUGCAAUCCUGGCUACUUUUCUGAACCAAACCGUAAAUUUUGCUCACCAAAAUGUGACAAGAAAUGUUUGAAUGGAAAAUGCACUGGACCAAAUCAAUGUACGUGCAAUAAAGGCUAUGUCAAGGACGCGACUGACUCGUAUCGAUGUGUUCCCACGUGUAAUCCAACAUGUGAAAAUGGCAUAUGUUCCGGUCCGAAUAUGUGUUUAUGUUACGCUGGUUAGUUGUUGCUAUUUUUACUAAAAUUUGAAUGGGAAUUAUUUAUAGAGUUAUACAAAUUAUAAGAGUAAUAGGUGCUGUUGGCAGCACAUGAUUUUAGAUGAUAUAGGAAUAGAGAGAUUUUUGCUUUUAGGAUUUAAUUUUAUGGUUUUGAUCUUUGAUUUCAAAAUGUGAUUCCGAUGUAACAUAACAUUUUGUUCUAACGGCUUUUUGAAAUUUGAAUUUAAAAAUGGCUAAAAUUGUUUUAAAAAUUUCUCACAUCAAAAAGCUUUUUCAAUUCAAAUUCGCAGUAAAGCCUUAAUUUCCAAAUUUAUUGAUAUAUUCCAAGACUACGUCGUGGCAAG